GUGCAGAGGGUUAAGGUGGCUGAAUCUCCCUGGGGAUGCAUAGUCUGGGUCCCUCGCCACGGGAGUCUGGCAGUGAGGGGGCGUAGCAGUUGUUGAAGUCUUUUAAGUCCUUUAAACCCUUAUUGGUCCAGCUGACCACGACCACGGCCCUUUGAGGCUGGGAGUUGGGGGUGGGAAGGGAAACAGUGAAAAGGCAAGUGAAAGAAAAGGGGGAGGCGCAGUUUCAGAGCCGGGCGAGCCAGCGCUCUCUUCCUGCCUAGCCUCCGACGGCCUCGCCUCCAGCUUCGCGGGGCGGACCCCGCCCUGGGCCCGAUGGCUGACGAACUCUGCUGCCGGAUCUCUAAGAAAGUCCAGAUCUGUCUUGCAGUCGGUCUCCUGGUGGCCGUCGCCGUGUUGGCCGUGGUCGGAGUCCUGAAGUGGCUCCAGCCGCACAAGUGGAAUGGUCCCGGGACCACAGAGCACUUCGCUGCCGUCGUCCUGGGGCGAUGCGCCAACUACACUCAAGCAGCGCAGCCCGCGCCGAGAAAUGUAGACUGCCAAAAGAUACAGGAAACAUUCCAAAGUGCAUUUAUUUCAAAGAAUCCUUGUAACAUUACAGAAGAAGACUAUCAACCACUAAUGAAGUUGACAACUCAGACUAUACCUUGCAACAAGACCCUCCUCUGGAGCAGAGCAAAAGAGGUGGCCCAUCAGUACACGCAGCUCCACCGGGAUAUGUUCACCCUGGAGGACACACUGCUGGGCUACCUUGCUGAUGGCCUCACGUGGUGUGGAGAUGCUGGCACUUCUGAAGUGGACCACCGAUCUUGCCCAGACCGGAAGAAAGACUGCCCCAACAAUCCAGUUUCAGUAUUCUGGAAAAUAGCUUCCCAGAGGUUUGCAGAGGCUGCCUGUGGUGUGGUCUAUGUCAUACUCAAUGGCACCAUCAGUAAAACCUUCGACGAAAACAGCACUUUUGGAAGUGUGGAAGUCAUUCAUUUGCGUCCAGAAAGGGUUCAGGCACUACAUGCCUGGGUGAUAUAUAAUGUCGAAGUUCCCAGUGACCCAUGCAUGGCUUCCUCCAUAAAUAAGCUGAAAUCAAUUGUCACCCAAAGGAAUAUUGCAUUUAGGUGCCAGCAUAAUAAAGGCCUGCCACAUACAUUAAUCAUGUGACAAAUCCUGAGCAUUCACCUUGCAGCUCUAUGAUCUGAGCCAACUGUCACAGUUGUUUCAGCUCAUUGACCCCUUGAAGUCUCCAUCAACACGCGUGACUCGGCAGACGCACUGGUGGGGAGCCGAAGAUUUGGGAGGGUCCUCGGUCAUACUGUCAGCACUACAGAUGGAAUCCUCUUCCCCCAACGCCUUAAAAUAACUUACGUUAUCAGCAUGGCUUUUAUUGUGAUCUACUAAUAUUUAAGAAAAAAAAUUUUGUAUAAAAUUAGAAUGAAAAUUU